GUCAAAAUAAGAUCGUAAUUGUAAUUCUUUUUCCUCUCUCACGCACCGCUGUUUUUUUCGUCACUCUCUUUUCUUGUCCUGUCUUUUCUGCAGUUCAAGUAUUAUUAAUAAUUAUACGAGGAUUUUGGAAUUUCAGCUGCCCGUAUGAGGAUUAGAAGAGCGUAAUACCCUGAGUUUGGGUCCAUCGAGUGACAUUGGGUUCCGACUUACUCCUUCAGAAUUAUUGAAUUGGUGUAAUUUUUCAGUUUCAAGGCUUUAAUAUCGGUAUAAGUGUCCAAGAAUGGCAGGUGCCAGUCCUAGGACAGACACUUCGACUGAUGCCGAUACUGAAGAUAGGAAUUUGAGGUACCAAAACAAUCAAAUGCAGACUGUAGUUGCUUCUGAUGGCAGUGAUAAGUCCAGAGAUCAAAAGACUCUACGUAGGCUUGCUCAAAACCGUGAAGCUGCAAGAAAGAGCCGCUUGAGAAAAAAGGCUUAUGUUCAACAACUAGAAAGCAGCAGAAUGAAAUUGACACAACUUGAGCAAGAGCUCCAACGGGCAAGGCAGCAGGGGGUAUUUAUUUCAAGUGCUGGAGACCAAACCCAAUCCGUCGGAAAUGGUGCAUUGGCUUUUGAUGUGGAAUACUCACGCUGGCUGGAAGAGCACAAUCGGAGGAUUAAUGAGCUGAGAGGAGCCGUGAGUUCGCAUGCAGGGGAUGCUGAGCUCCGAAUAAUAGUUGAGGGAAUUUUGUCACAGUAUGAUGACAUCUUUAGGAUAAAAGGGGAUGCUGCAAAGUCUGACGUCUUUCACAUUCUCUCGGGCAUGUGGCAAACGCCUGCUGAGAGGUGCUUUCUCUGGCUUGGUGGCUUUCGCUCGUCCGAACUUCUUAAGCUUCUUAUAAAUCACUUAGAGCCGUUGACCGAGCAGCAGCUGUUGGCCAUCAAUAAUUUGCAGCAGACAUCUCAACAGGCUGAAGAUGCCCUUUCGCAGGGUAUGGAGGCUUUGCAGCAAUCUUUGGCCGAGACAUUAGCCGGUACUCUUAACCCCUCAGGAUCUUCCGGAAAUGUUGCUAAUUACAUGGGGCAAAUGGCAAUGGCUAUGGGCAAAUUGGGAACUCUCGAUGGCUUUAUUCGUCAGGUUUAUCUUAGGCUCCAUCCAUCUAUCAUCAAUAUGCUGACAAUUUACGACAACAAACUCUUCAGCAAAUGCACCGAAUACUGACGACCCGCCAGUCUGCUCGGGCCCUCCUUGCUAUCAGUGAUUACUUUUCUCGCCUUCGGGCUCUUAGCUCCUUGUGGCUUGCCCGCCCAAGGGAUUAACAUUUUU